CGCAGGACGCCAUCUUUGUGCGUCACACACAGCAGCCUCCAGCACAUCAAUAGAGAAGGUAAAACAUCGUUUCGUCAUUGUUUUUUUCUCAGUCCGAUCAUUGACGGGAAAACAAGGUGAGGCCAGACCGAGACAGGGAUACAUAGAUCAGACGACGUGACCAACAUGGCGGCCGUGAGACUUCUCCUGUCGCUGCUACCGUUGGUGCUGGCGGUGCGAAGCUACGACGAGCGGACCGAGAAUGAAGUGUUGUCGGAGCUGCGCGAACUGUUGGACCGCAUGGAUGACUACAAGGCCGUGCGGGGCCUGCAGCAGCCGCGGGUGGAGUAUCCCGCAGAGGAGGAGCUGGACAUAGAGGGGCCACAGAGCAUCACAGGAGGCGCGUCAGAAGGUGUGCAGCACCUGGGCCCGGCCGGGAACAUCCCCAACCUGUGGGCGGCCAUGGUGGAGUCGGACAACAACCGCAAGCCGGACGCCUACCCCAACCCGCCUAACCCCUGUCCAAAGGGAUACACGGCUGAGGACGGCUGUAUCGAGGACAUGCCUGACACGGCUGACUUCAGCCGGCUGUACCAGGCCCAGGAGGAGGCAACGCGCGGGGGGCAGGCGGGAGGUGCGCCGUACAGCAGCCCGGGGCUGGCCGGUGGGUCUCCGUACGGCAACGACCUGAACGAGCUGGAGUACUACCUGAAUCCUUACCGAGCCGGUGAGAAGAGGGAGGCGGUCGUCGCCAAGAAGUCUCCGCUGUACCUGAGACGUAGGAGGAGCGCCGGGACAGACUCCGCCGUCGCCAUGGAGACGGACGAACGCGAGGAGAACCCGUUCUUUAAGGGGGCGAAGCUGCGACACGUCGCCGCCAAGAAGUCACCGGAGUUGUCCCGCCAGAAGCGCUACUGAGGGGGGACCCGCGAUGGGGGAGGGGGGCGGCUCGUCAUACAUCACUCCUCCUCUCGACCCUACGAGCUACAGACGUCCCGGGUUAACUUGAGUCGUUGCCACAUACCGUCCCACAUAACUGUCAAUCACUUCUUAUCUCCAUAAUACUGCCCGCUUUCGAUUUUGGAAAGACUCCAGAAGUUUUGGCACCCGUUAGGAAGUCGUUGGAGUGGAAUAGAUGUAUCAAAGUUAAAGACGUCAUACGAUACCAUAAUGUCGAGUCCAGUGACCUCUUAGAGGACACGUUAGGUCAACUUGAACUUGAAAUGAAAGACUUCCGACGCGGCGUCAUUGAAAUUUCAGAGGAAACGUUCAGAAGAUUUAAAGAGGCCAGUAUUUUAUUUAUCGUAAUGAGACUCGGGUGCGUGUCGGCUAUGUUAGUUAUGCCAUAGAAAUUUCCCGCUCUCACUCCAGACAAAUUACCACGGAUCACGAUCGCACCGGAGGGUUCGGGACAGACGUCACUCUGACGCCACGGUCAAGGGUAGAACUAGCCUCUACCAGGCUGCUUUGGAGGCUCAAGAAAUAGCAGAAAUCAGUCUGGAAAAUGUGGUGUCCAUAGAUUCGGUUGGCCAUUUCUAAUAGACUGUCGCCAAGUUCGAGAGGUCAGUCAUGCACUCUCCAAUUAGAGGUUAGGCUCUUUCUUGUUUCGGACGUCUUUUGGAGACAUCAUGAACACAAAAGGAAAAGCUAAUUAUAAAGACCGACAAAAACACAAUAAAAAGACGUCCAAAACAAACUGGAGCCCAACCUCUGAAGAAUAAGCCUUAGCUGAGAUGAAAAAGCUCACACGACAAAUCAUAAAUGAUGAACGAACGGUUUGUUUAUCUGCAUCAAAUGGCAAGACAAUCAUAAAAUGCCAGUCGUUAUGGGCUGAAUCGAUCAUGAUUUACCACAAUACAUUGAAAAAGUACAAAGACUGACAUUUAUUGUAACACCGAUACAACUUAAUCGAUUUCACCUAAUAGAACUCACCAUAUUUGUCCAAUUUCUACUAUUGCUCAACACCCUUAGCAGCCUGGUUUAGAUGCAGAUUUGACUGAUGAGAUACUAAAAUGGAAAAUCAGUCGCUUUCGUCAUGUGUUCGUUGCUUUGUUAUUACCUGUGGUCAGUGUUUGAUGUAGUAAAUGAUAUAACUAAUAUAAAGUAUUUUAUGAGAAUAGAAGUUCCAAAUAUGCAGUAUGUCCAGAACAAACUGUGACUAUCAGAACGAAUUGAGUAUUGAGUGUCUGACAAGCGACGUAUGACCAUGGACGUACAUCGAGAAGCCCUACCGUAGGUUUCCCUUUAAUUAAAGGUCCAUUAUAUCAUGUUACGCUAGCUCACAUCUAUCCGUGAGGUAACCUUUAUCCGUUGUAUUUAACAGGGUAUUAAAGAAUGUCAAGUCUACUGACGGUGGUUCAAAGAUAUCAUUUUUUUUUCAAAAUAUUGCGGUUUGGAAACAAUAUCCGACAUCCCUACUUUCAAACACAACGGAUAUAGGUUACCCCGUGGAUAAAGGUGAGCUAACGUUAACGUUUUGGCCUCGAAAUUGAAAACAUUCUCGAGAACAAUAAGCCUUCGUGUGAAUUCCGUAUUUCUGGUAUUCGUGAACUGUGCAAAAACAAGAUUCACAAGUUAGGAAAUGUGACGUUUGCCAUUGGGGACUAUUUGUCGAAAAUAAACUUAACUGAAUUC